AUGACUCCCAAUGAGGAGGAGAUCGACGUGGAUGAGCUUCAGAGGAGGAUGCGGAGGGAUAAGAUGUGCCUCAAGCGGAUCAAGCAACACAACAAGGGCAAGGAAGGCAUUGAGUCGGCGAAGCAGAGACAAGUGCGGUUCGACCGCAAUGGACUUGCUGCCAUUGCAAAGUAUCAAGCUGAUCACUGCAUUCCUGGGAAGCACGAGGGCAGUAAUUCAAUCGGUCCAGCCCUGCACACCCUGCAGGAGCUCCAGGACACGACUCCGGGCUCUUUGUUAUCGGCGCUUAUGCAGCAGUGUGACCCAACCCAGAGGAGGUUCCCACGGGAGAAAGGGGUUCCUCCCCUAUGGUGA